AUCAAUCUACCCUCUCCACCAACACCUGUCCCCCCUCGAUCAUCUAGUAUCAUGGGCACCUGCACCGUCUGCGCGGCGCCAUUCACGUCGCCCGUGUCCCUUCCCUGUGGUGCGUCCCGCCCGUCCCGCCGACUUUCUAUGAGUCCUCUGAUCCGCAGUGCAGGCCACAUAUUCUGUCGAGCAUGUUGUCUACGCAAUCUGGGAGGAGGAGACGGAACAGGAUCUGAAAAGGCCAUACGUCCUUGCCCCAGGUGUCGGGCUGCGUACUCUGCAGAAUCGAUUGACCCAGUCGUGAUCUUGCCCUCCGCGAGCACGGAUCUGCCUUACUCGGUCGAGACACCCGGCACCAUUCCGGCAGCAUCGAUGUCCGACACUACGCCAUCGUCGUUUCCCUCCUCACCCUCAUCCUCGUCCUCGUCUUCCACACUCACACCCGGCUCCUCGACGUGCCAUGCCGAUCGCGAACGGCUCCAGUCUGAGCUCGCCGCGCUGCGGCUGACCUGCUCGACUUGGCAGCGGCGCGCGGAGAUGCAUGCGUCUGCGAACCACAGUCUGCUAGGUUUCGCGCGGGCUGCCAAGGAGUGUGCAGUCCGGUUGCGUUCCGAGCGGGAUUCCGCCCGCACGCGGUGCGAGCUAUUGAAACGAAAACUGGCUGACGUUAUACCCGAAUACUCCAUCGUGCCAGCCACAGAUGAGGCAGAAACUGACCGCCGGACUGCACGCCGAGCACCAUGCGGAUUGCCCGUCUUCUUGGCCCAGUGUCGAGCCAAGUCCGCCCCUGGCCCUCCGGAUGUGAACAUGUCAGAGAGUCUCUUCGGGCCGCCGUUCAAACGCAGGCGCUCAGGGGCUGCCCCGUGCUUCAGCGACGAAGGCAGUAGCAGCAGCAGCAGCAGCACCGCCGGCUCUGCGCCCGGCAGCACGGUGUCGGGCAGCACACCCCCGACGUCGCCUGCUUCGAGCGCGGCGAGCGAAACCGAUGCGCGGUGCGACACAAGCCCGGAGAUCUUAUCCGUGCUUCCUCCCAUUGCGUCCUCCUCGCUGCAGACGCUGUGCGAGGUGGCGGUGACGCACCACCGCCUGCUCGGCGACGACAAUGUGCUGAAGCGCCGGCGGCCAUCUUAGAGGCCAGUCUGGAUUUCAUCUUGGGACUUAGUAUGCUAUGUAAAACACACGUUAUAAUCUGCGACACACGUACAUACGCACACACUCAUUUUGGCGGCGACACCCAUCCACUUUUUGUUACACCUCAUUGUACCAUAUGGCAACCUACAUAUGUAUCCCUACGCAUCCGACACUUAGAACAGAGGAUUUUGCUGUGUGUUAUAUGACUAGCAGGAUGACCCACUCGAAGCGCAGACGUCAUUAGGGGAUAGACAUAAUUAAAGCCCUGUCGUACUGUAAGGCCUCUAGUGUAAUCGUGAAUCAGAAUGAGAUUUUCAUGUCAUGCACCAUACCAAUUCUGACAACUGACAACCGAGGGUCUUGCAGCCAGCCAUGCUCACCUUCAUACUCUUACCUGUUCAUUGAAUAGACUGAUCCAUGCCAGCACCGUGUCAAGGUGAUUACUGCACUGGCAGAAAGGACGUCAAAUUACUUUGAGGUCAUGAUUUCCGGAUUUCGUACUAUAGUUAGCACAUCAUCAGAAGUCGCUUGCAUCGCCACCUGUCAAGCGGACAUUGGCCCCUAAUUUUUAUUGGACUUGACGCCAACGGGCAACCCUGAGGAUUACAUGGAGAAUCGUGCAGUGUUCAGGAUAAAGCGGAGUCCUGCAUUUUCUCUGCACCAUGUCUCAAAGCUCAAUUGGGUCAUCUCGAUUAUCGACUCAUGCGGAAGCAGGUCUGACCAGGUGUUGGACCUGAAUCAUCCGCCCUCAGACAUGAGCAAGAGCAUCUAUAAAUGCAGUGACGACCCGGGGCCUCCCUAACUCAAUCAACAUGCAUUCGGAAUCUUCCAUACGCACGUUGCCAGUCCACUGCAACCUCUGCGGCUUGUCCUUCGCCGACGUAUCGAUCCGCGCGGCACACGUCGAUGCCUCCCCUGCUCAUCCCUCAUGUGGGUUGUGCCACCGGCGAUUCCUUAACGACAGCUCCCUCUUUCUCCACCUAAACUGCGCCGAUACUCACUCGGGCGCCACCGAUUGCAGCGAGACUUUGGACGCCGACCAGAUUCUUCUCGAAUCGCUGGUCGGGAUCGAGAUCGAUUUGGACGACCUGGUGCGGUACCAAGUCGACAGGAUACUGGGCGACGAUGAAGAUUCAGGAUAUGACUCGGAAGACUACUGGGCGCCGCCGGAUUUCGACUCAGAGUCAUCGAGUGAGAGCGAUCGUGACGGCACCGAAUCAGAGAGCUCCAUCCCGGACUUCAGCGACUCUGAAUUCGACAAGCAUCACCAGUGCGAAUCAUGCGCAUCCGACUUCCCAGUCCCCGCAACAGUGAACGGGCGCAGUUUUCUGGGAAUAGCCGGCCUUGAAUCUAAAUCCGGGCCACCCGGGGUUUGGGAAUUGCACCCUUGGGAGUCCGACGGCGGCCCCCUAGUCGCGCGCAGAUUCCCCGGAGCCCGCGUCGAUAUGUCGGGCAUUUGUAUCUGUCCGGAGGGAUCCGUGGGCUGCCACGACUCUGUUCAGCGGGGUGAUGCUGGGCUUAUCCCCCCAGAUGUUCCAUCUUGUUUCAGCAUACACAAAAUCAAAAGCUACUGAGUUUCUGAUG